CCGAGCUAGCCGAGCGACGAACUCAGCUGAUGCAACCUGGCGGGACUCUCGAGACAGCUCCCGGCACGCGGCGGCGGCGGCGGCGGCGACCUAAGAAGAGGCGCGGGUGCCGGCUCAGUGCGGAAAUCACGGGGGGCGAAGCCAUGGGAGACUCUCCCAGUCCUGAAGAGAAACUGCACCUUAUCACCCGGAACCUGCAGGAGGUUCUCGGGGAAGAGAAGCUGAAGGAGAUACUGAAGGAGAGGGAACUUAAAGUUUACUGGGGAACCGCAACCACAGGCAAGCCACAUGUGGCUUACUUUGUGCCCAUGUCCAAGAUUGCAGACUUCUUGAAGGCUGGAUGUGAGGUAACAAUUCUGUUUGCGGACCUUCAUGCAUACCUGGAUAACAUGAAAGCGCCCUGGGAACUUCUAGAACUCCGAACCAGUUACUAUGAGAAUGUGAUCAAGGCCAUGCUGGAGAGCAUUGGAGUACCCUUGGAGAAGCUCAAGUUUGUCAAAGGCACUGACUACCAGCUCAGCAAAGAGUACACACUGGAUGUGUACCGACUGUCUUCUGUGGUCACACAACAUGAUGCCAAGAAAGCUGGAGCUGAAGUUGUAAAGCAGGUGGAGCACCCUUUGCUGAGUGGUCUGUUGUACCCUGGACUGCAGGCACUGGAUGAGGAAUAUUUGAAAGUAGAUGCCCAGUUUGGAGGUGUUGACCAGAGGAAGAUCUUCACAUUCGCAGAGAAGUACCUCCCUGCACUUGGAUACUCAAAACGAGUCCAUCUAAUGAAUCCAAUGGUCCCAGGUCUAACUGGAAGCAAAAUGAGCUCUUCAGAAGAGGAGUCAAAGAUUGAUCUCCUUGACCGGAAAGAAGAUGUGAAGAAAAAGUUGAAGAAGGCCUUCUGUGAGCCAGGCAACGUGGAGAACAACGGGGUUCUCUCCUUCAUCAAACAUGUCCUCUUUUCCCUCAAGUCAGAGUUUGUUAUCCUUCGAGAUGAGAAAUGGGGUGGAAACAAAACCUAUACCUCUUACCUGGAUCUAGAAAAGGACUUCGCUGCUGAGGUUGUACACCCUGGAGACCUAAAGAAUUCUGUUGAAGUUGCACUUAACAAGUUGUUGGAUCCCAUUAGGGAAAAGUUUAAUACCCCUGCCCUGAAGAAGCUGGCCAGUGCUGCCUACCCAGAUCCCUCGAAGCAGAAGCCUGUUGCCAAAGGCCCUGCCAAGAAUUCAGAAGCAGAGGAAGUCAUCCCAUCCCGCCUGGAUAUCCGUGUGGGGAAAAUCAUCAGUGUGGAGAAGCACCCAGAUGCAGACAGCCUGUAUGUGGAGAAGAUUGAUGUGGGGGAAGCUGAGCCGCGGACUGUGGUGAGCGGCCUGGUGCAGUUUGUGCCCAAGGAGGAACUGCAGAACCGACUGGUAGUGGUACUAUGCAAUCUGAAGCCCCAGAAGAUGAGAGGAGUAGAGUCCCAAGGCAUGCUGCUGUGUGCUUCCGUAGAAGGGGGGAGCCGCCAGGUUGAACCUCUGGACCCUCCUGCAGGCUCUGCUCCUGGGGAGCGAGUAUUUGUGAAGGGCUAUGAGAAGGGCCGGCCAGAUGAGGAACUCAAGCCCAAGAAGAAAGUCUUUGAGAAGUUGCAGGCUGACUUUAAAGUUUCUGAGGAGUGCAUCGCACAGUGGAAGCAAAUCAACUUCAUGACCAAGCUGGGGCAUAUCUCCUGUAAAUCACUGAAGGGGGGGAAUAUUAGCUAGCCAGCCCAGGAUCUUGCUCUUUUCCUACUGCCCAGAGCCAUCUGCUCUCUCAGUUCGAUCCAUCCAUCAUCCAUUUGCCCAGCUCUCAGGGCACUGAAGCAAAAGCUGGGGGUAUGGUUCAAGUAAUGUAUGAGUGCCUGCCUCGUGAGUGCAAGAUGCCAUCGCUGGACACCAGCUUCAAAUCCAAGAAUUGCCAAAAAAGGAAGAAUUCAGGAUACUGAAGCAGCAGAUCUGGAACUCUUUAUUAGGUGCACAGCUCCAUAAGAAACAGCCCCCCACCCCCAACCGGAAUCACCCUGUCUGGCUGCAGUGUGACACUGACCCCCCAGGGGGCAAGGAGGGCACAGCGGCAGCAGGGAAUGUGACUCAACCUGCUUCCAUUGACAGCUGACAAGACGUCUGGUUUCAGUAUAACUCAUAGGAAUUUAUGCUACAAUCCUUGUAAUUGGAAAAAUACUGUGGUUCCCAGCUUUUCUUGGAAUUACCCAGCAACUGUGCCUCUAGCUGGGAUCUAGUGCCUGCACUGGGUUAAUUACAGCUUCUCACCAACAGGAAAUUGUGGGCUUUGCAAAGGAAAGAGAAGGGAAAAUAAAGACCCUAGUGGUCUACUAAGCUACCAGAGGUUGGCAGCUUUCUCAAAGCCUGUCUUCCAUGAGGCUUGGCACUGGGCUGGGGAAGCAGGGCCAGCCCCAGGGCUCCUGGAAUUUCCCUUGAUCUCAAGCUAGGCUGGGAACUCCCUGAACCAGCUGUGUGUACUUAGGAUGGAAUGGACUGGCACCAAGUGGUUCUUUAUUCAGAGAGGGUGGGGUACCUCCCCAUAAUGCAUCUCAGUCAAGUCACUGUCAAAUUCAAAUAAAGUGUGUGUUGGCUGGA